CGCAGGUAAUCACCGCGGAAGAAGAAGACUUGCAGCUCAGACUACGGACCGCCUGAGCUCCGUGGAGAUCGUAUAACGUGGCGAUGAUACCUGACUAUCUGGCGCGUGAAGGGGAGUCCAUGGUGGACUUCGGGCACAAAGAUAAGCCGCUGCGGCCUCCAUCAUCGUAUCCAAAGCCGGCGGCCUUGAAGGCACCAAGAAAGCGAGUCGUCCCGAAGCGGCGACGAAGUCCAUCGCCGGAAGCUCAGGCCAGUCGAGUGGGGCCUAUAGAGGAGGUCGUCCAGCCUGCGCUGGGGUGCGAAGUCCAUCCGGUUCACGAGAGAAAAGCCACACUCGUCAUCGAGCCCCGACCGGGGGAGGACCGCCUCGCCGAAGAGCCGCGGAGAUCCACAGGCCAUCSGGAGUCGACACCUCAGCGGCCCCGCCUCCCCGAUCUCAACAGCCAUGCAGCCGGGCCAUCAAGCGCAGGGGGGGAUUGGGACGAGUUCCAUAUCCCGCAUCUAGACCCCCCCUCCUUGCAGGACCGUUUCGAUUUCGCCAGCCUGCCCGGGAUACCCCGUUCAUUGACAUUAGCAGUUCCCCCGAGCCGGACGGUCCAUCAAACCGAUGUGGAUCACAUGGUGGAACUGGUCACCCUCCGGCUUGAGGCCAUCGAGGGGGCGCCACGUCCCGAUCUGACAUGGGAGGCGUUCUUGGAGCCUCCAUUCGAUGGAUGUAUAGCGGCGAGGUUGGUGGGCACACUCAUCUACGAGACCGGCGGGCGGCCCAACAUUAUGUACCAUAUCCUGGUCUUCGCGGCGGUUAAGCGGGAGCGGAGGCCGUACACGGAGACCCAUCUAGUUCUGACGGGUCCGCGAAAUCGGCUGCUGCGACGACGAAUCAUUCGAGCGAUCGCCGAUCUCGCGCCACGGGUCCUCUCGCAUGUGUCGGGGGCUUUCCUUUACCCCUCCUUUGUCCAACACCAAAUCAAUGAAGUGGAAGUGCCGGCCAACUUGGCCGCGCUCGCGGUGCUUCUUCCUCCUCUUCCUCCCCCUCUCAAUCCGGAGAUUGAUUACUUCCUAUAAUCAUCUCCACCACCGCCUCUUUCUUUUUCUUCUUCUUUUCCGGAUCUAAAGCUCGCGYGAUGAUACUCGCUGUGUAUAUCUUUAAAAAAAAAAAACUUACCGAUCGGGYCAGCUGACAAUGAAGGGGYCGCCCGAUC